AUGUCGGACUUUGCGUACACCCCCGGCGGAGACUCCGGAUCUCCUUCCGCAUCAACCUACAUGAUCUCCUCACAAUUCAACACGUCCUACCACCACACAUCCUCGGACGAAGACGAAAUAACUUCCUUACCUUCAGAAACAUCCACAGAAUCAGACUUCCUCUCAGAUUACCAAGAUUCAGACGCCGAAGAGCAAUGGCGCGAAAGUUUAGAACAGCUAGAGCUGCUUCUUACCAUGGUUCUUGUCCCUUUCAUAGGCAAAUAUGCGGGGAGGAAAUGUGCAUAUUGGGGUUGGGCGAAAUUCAUGGAAUGGCAAUACCCCGUCGAAGCUGUCAUAACGAAUAAAGCGGCGUUCCGGUCUGCGGGCAUUAUCGGCGCUGCGACUUUAUAA